AGACGCAGGUGCCACGCAGUUUUCGCCACGGUGAUCAAUUCAUAAGGGCUGCCGUCGAGUGUCGAGUUAUGCUGAAAGAUGUCGUCGAACGCCGAAUUAUUACGUGUCCUUUUAUUUUCUAUCUUGGUGCUUAUUUUAGCCAACAUAUCAAUAGCUGCUGAUACGCCGAAAAAUCUUAAUCCUAAAGAUCCAAGUCAUAGAGCAGGGAUUCUUGACAAUGAUUCACCAAAAGAAACUUCAAAAAUAGCAGGGCAUGUUAAACACAAAAACUCUAAACCAACUAGUAUUGUUAUAACAAAAGGGCAUCAUCCCGUGGAACAACAUGUGCCAAAAGAAGAGUCUAAAGAACCAGCAGAGGAUGUAGAUGAUCAUGGGCAAGCAAUGAAAUCGAAUAAGGGAGAUGAAAAUGCGCAUCAUGUGGACAAAGCAGCACCAGUGGAACCACAUGAAAAGAAUACAAUAGAAGAGGAAAAUGAUGGGCACAGUAAUGAAGCUGUAGAGAAGGAAAAAGAAGAUUCUCAAAGCAAUGAAACUGAAGAAAAGAAAAACCAAAAGCCCAGCAAAAAGGGCCUUGGUGUUGUAAAAGUACUGAAAAAACAGGGGCAAGAUAAUGUCAAAGGCUUCAAAUUGUCAAAACAACCAGCAUGUGUCGAUGAUAUAAAGCAGUUGUGCUCAAAUCUACCAAAGGAUAACAAUUUUGCUGUCCUUGUCUGUCUACAAGAUGCAGCAGCACAAGACGACGACCAAGUUUCUGAUGAUUGUCACGCGCUAUUGUGGGAAUACAAGAAAAACCUCACAUCAAGUGUUAUGUUUGACAAGGCAGCGUUUGAAGUCUGUGAAACAUUUCUUAGCGAGAUUAAAUACUGCCAAGGAGAUUUCCCAAACGACGGGUCAUUCGUCAACUGCCUUGUUGAGCACAGAGAAUUAGCCAAGGACCAGAAAUGUCGUGCAUUCUUGCACAAAAUGGCUGCUAUUGUUUACAGCGACUAUCGCUUGAUCAAGGGCUUUUACAAUGAAUGUCAUCAAGACGUCGUCAAGUAUAACUGUGGUAAAUUAUCAACAAAAACAGAAAGUGAUCCACACACGCAAGCUGAGGUUAUCGAAUGCCUCGAAGACAAUAUCAUAAACGUGUCGGAAAAGUGUCAGAUCGAGAUUAAGAAAGUCGCCGAACUGUCAUCCGACGAUUAUCACAUGGACCGGGCAAUUUUCUACGCAUGUCAAGAUGCGCGAACAAGAUUUUGCUCAACGGUGCAAGCUGGGGAUGGACGUAUUUAUAAAUGCCUCAUGAAACACAAAAUGGAGGAAACAAUGGCUGAAGAUUGUCGAGAAGCUCUAACAGUCAGGCAAAAGCUAAUGCAAGAGGAUGUCAAGGUCAAUCAUCCUUUAUGGGAACAAUGUGAGAAGUAUUUCCACGAGUUUAAAUGCGAGAGAAAAGGGGAGACUUCGAAUGGCCAAGCAUCACAUUUGAUUUUGUGUCUCAAUGAGAAGAUCGCCGAUGGCAAGGAUGUAAGUGCAAAGUGCCAAGUCGAAAUGCAAGACUUCGCUUCCCAGCUGUUUGCCGAUUAUAAAUUAAACCCAGAAGUUAUAGCACAUUGUAGCCAUCACUUGGAAACGGUUUGCAAAGAUCAACUGAAAGCAGAAGGUGGUGCGUUAGACUGUUUGAUGGGAUUGGGAGAUCAACUGAAUCAGUCCUGCUACGAAGCGGUUCAUGAAGUUUUGAAGGAAACCAACGCAGGUGGCGACUUUCAAAUCGACAAGCCGUUGUUUAUAAAAUGCCAGCCGUUUAUUGAAACCAGUUGCAAGGGAAAAUCAAAAUCACUAGUUCUAAGCUGUUUAAUGGACAACAUGCGAUCUGAAUCAAUGUCACAAGAUUGUCAGCAAGAACUUUUCCACCUGCAGUUUUUCCUUGCAAGAGAUUUCAGUCUUGACGAGCAACUCUUCAUGGACUGCAAAGAUGAUGCAAAGCGAAUCUGCAAUGCCCCUGAUUUCAAUGCUGAAUUCACGUCAGUCCCACCUGGUAUUAUAUUUGCGUGUCUGUAUCGUGCAACUAUGAAGGAUGUUAGCAAAGAACACCAGGCCUCUCCGACAUGCGGUGCCCAUGUCAGAAGGUUGAUGCAUGCAAGAGCAACCAGUGUGAAACUCAUGCCAGAAAUAGAGACAGCCUGUCUGGGCGACUUGGGAAGCUUUUGCGUCGGAAGCAUCAAGGAAGGAGAGGAGGUAAAGUGCUUGCAAGACCGUUACGAAGACUUAUCUGAAAAAUGUAAAGGGGCUGUUGCCAAUUUCACUGAAAUGGAAUCUGAGGACUAUGAACUGGAUAAGGAUCUCGUUAAUGCUUGUGCGCCAAUGGUUAUAAAAUUUUGUCAGGAUGUAGUUAAAGAUGGCAAUCCAGAUGAAGUCCUACCGUGUUUGAUUAAAAACAAGCACAGUUCAGAGAUGGAUUUACAGUGCACUUCGGCAGUUGAACACUGGCAAAUCCUCGAACUGAAAGACAUCAGAUUUUCCCAUAAACUAAAGAAAGCGUGUUUUGAUGACAUUGAAAAGAACUGUCCCCAUUCUAAGUCAAAGCUUGACGCAGUCAAAUGUCUAAGUACAGAAAUGCAGAAAAACAUUAAAGAAAAUCGUCAGUCAGCGGUGUCGCAAGAAUGUCAGGAUCAAAUAAGGGCUGAGCUUAUUGAAGAGCACGAGGACAUUGUUAAUCUUGAUCCCGAAUUCCAAAAUGCAUGCCAAGAAGAUUUAUCGAGUGAGGAUAAGCCGUGCCACCAGUAUAUGCACAAAGGACAGGCCAAGGCUGAAGAAUGCUUGCGACAGCAUUUCGAAAGUCUGACACAAAAAUGCCGCUCUGUAUUGUUCAAAGUUGAGCUCGAAGAAGCCGAAAAUCCAGCUCUGGAUUACCAGUUAACCCAUGCGUGCAAAUCAAUGUUGAAGAAACACUGUAUGGAUAGAUCUCCUAAAAAAUACAUUGAUUGCUUAAGAGAACACGAAAAUGAUGUUGAAAUGACAACCGAAUGCAGAAAUGUCCUUUUUGAAAGGAAAAAGGAGGGUGCUAAAGAUUUUCGGCUGGACCCUGAUAUCGCUGAAUUUUGCAAAGCAGACAUUCAUAAAUUUUGCAAAAACAUCGCAGAAACCGAUAACAGAGGACUAGUGAUGAAUUGCCUCAAGAAGCAGGUUGAGGGUGGCAGACUGUCAGAGGAAUGCAAUGACUACGUGAAGUCCCGGAUGGAAGAAGCUGCUCUAGAUUAUCGUCUUGAUCCAGUCUUAGAACACGCAUGUGCCGACGAGGUUGGAAAAUUUUGUAGCAAAGAAAUGAGUGACCGAGGCCAUGGUGAAAUCGUUGACUGUUUGAAGAGGAACUACAAAAAACUUCUUUCCAAAACUUGUAAAGAGGAAGUAAAAAGAAUGAUAGGAGAGGGCAUCACAGAUAUCCACGCAGAUCCACACCUGGUUCAAGAAUGUAAUAUAGAUAUUCAAAAAUAUUGUACGCAUAUUGUAGAUGUGGACGGAAAAGUUGUAGAAUGUCUGUUGGACGUUUAUAAUUCCAAAACAUUAGUGCUUGCUAGUGACUGUAAAAAGCUGAUUCGAAAACGAAUGGAGAUGUGGAGUGCUGUUGAUGUGACGGCCAGAUUUCAGAGUUUGAAUGACGUCAUUUCACAUGUCCAUGCAUCACCCAAUCGACAGUACAUAUACACUGUAACCCUAUGUAUGUUAGCUGUUAUUUUUAUAGGCGGUCUUUGCUGUGGUCGUAUAACUAAGAGAGUAGCUCGAGAGUACAAAGAUCGAUAAAAAAUAAAUCCUCAAUCCCGGAUGAUGUGGUAAGGUUGCCUGGCAUAACAGUUCUAUUCCAGUUUGCAGGAAGUAGAAGUGUAACUAAAGACGUUCUUAAAAACACCAAUUAAUUUAUUAGAUUAUUUCUAUACUUACAAUAUGAUCUACAUCAUACAAGCUCCAGUAGAUCUUUGCAACAAGGCCCUAGUUGAACAACUAAGCUGAUAUUUUAGCAAAUGUAGUGAUGAGAUCACCACUCUUUCAUCACACAUACAUGUAAACUUGUACUAUAAUAGGCUUUAGUUAUAAAAACUACUUUAUACUUGUUACUGUGAUUUGUUUCAAUAAUGUACUGUCAAAGAUAACAACUGAUUGUUUAAGUCCAAAACAAAAGCUCUAGGCACCACCACUAACUUUAGGCAACUAUUUCUUUUUAUGUGAUAUUUUUCGCUUAAUACUUUUUGAGAACGGGGACAAAUAAAAUACACAGAAGCUUUGUUUUUUAAAUUCAAUGUGAAAAAUAUGUUGCUACUAAUGAUGUUUUAAUUCUUAAUGUUAGAUAUGUUGCACCAUACAAGCCUUUCUUUAAAAAAUACCUAAAUGAAAUAGUUACUAGAGCCUUCUAGAACAGUUCCUUUGCUAGAUUUUUAUUUAUUAGUUUACCAAACAAAUACUUGUGUUUUGCCAUUUAUCUUGAAUGAUAUUCGCAUUGGAAUGAUAGUAUCAAAAGUUCUGUUUUUCACUUCACAUUUAGUGCUGUUUGAUAUUCUAAGAUAAUGAAGUAAGGCCAGAGCAGUUGUUGUGAUUUUGAUAAAAACUUUCUUUGAUUAAAGGAAACAUGAAAAUACUCAAAAUGGCUUUGGAAAAAGCAAACAUUUUUCAAAGCCAUUUUUAAUUCCUGUACCACAAAGAGAUUGUUUUUAAAAAUAUUCCUAGGCUUUAAAAUUCUUUAAAAGUAACCCUUCAUUUCUAAUGUACAAAAGUUCUUUUUGUUAUCAAUUGAACAUUACCUGUGUUUCAGAUAAUAAGUUAGCUGAGGUCCAUAAACCUAAUUAAAAUGCUAUUUCUUUGGGUAGCAAAAGACACCGUAAUACUUCUUAUAUUAAAAUCAAUCAAUUAUAAUUAUAGAUCUGUAGAUUCUCUUCGUUUGUAUUUUAAUGUCAAGAUUACGUAUUAAAAUUAGUCUACUAGAUGCAUAUUUGGUUUUGAAAUCCUAACCAGAGCCUUUAGAAAAUAUGUUGUACCAGAGUUGUUUUUGAUUGGAAAUUUAAUUAUGUAUGAAGCAAAA